GAGCAGCGGCACGGCACGUCACUGUGCCACCAACACCAUCGUCCCCCUCGCUAUUUGCCUUUUCCUUUCCGCCGCGGCAAAGGCGAGGCGCUGCGAGCUGGGGGUGGGGGAGACGAACCCGUCAUAAUUCCAUCGCUUAAUUACAUCUCAUCUUCUGCGUAUAUAAGCGCGGCCACCGGGACGCCGGGGGAAGGUGUUCGCGUAGGACAAGGCCGGAUCGGGCUCUCAGAUCUCGCGCGCCUCGCCGGCCGGGCCCCCUGCGGGUGUGUGUGUGAGAGAUCGAGAUCGGGAGAGGAUGUUUAGCGGGACGCAGCAGAAGUGCAAGGUGUGCACCAAGACGGUGUACCCGAUGGACCAGCUCUCCACCGACGGCGUUGUCUUCCACCGCUCCUGCUUCAAGUGCCAACACUGCAAGUCCACCCUCUCCCUGAGCAACUAUUCCUCGUUCGAAGGAGUGCCGUACUGCAAGGCCCAUUUCGAGCAGCUGUUCAAGGAGACUGGGAGCUACAACAAGAACUUCCAAUCACAAUCAUCCGCGAAGAGUACUCCGGAGAAGUUGGCUCCUGAGCUGACUAGAUCGCCAAGCAAAGCUGCAAGGAUGUUUUCAGGAACACAAGACAAGUGUGCAACUUGCGGUAAAACCGCAUAUCCUCUUGAGAAGGUAACAGUUGAAGAAAAGGCCUACCAUAAGACCUGCUUCAAAUGCUCCCACGGGGGCUGUGCCAUUUCACCGUCCAACUAUGCAGCCUUGGAGGGCAUCCUCUACUGCAAACACCAUUUCUCUCAACUUUUCAAGGAGAAGGGAAGCUACAAUCAUCUGAUCAAGUGCGCAUCUGUCAAGCGCACCACCAAAGCACAACCAGCCGCUGAUUCCUCCUGAUCGUGCCAUAUCAACAGACCGGGGUUUGAAGGCGAAAAUUUGGAAGCCUCCCGUUUUUACUUGAAACUUGCUGUAUGUUACCUAGCCCUGGGGAUACCGGACUUCUCUAUUUUGGUACUCAGCUGUGCUAGCUGGAUCACAUUUGGUGAACCAUGGAAUUUCUGUCAUUUUCAACGAAAUUGUUGUGCAUCAAGUACUGAAAUCAGAUACCUUGCUCUUAUCGAUUGCUA